AUGAACCCCAAAAAGACGUAUUCGAUGGAAGAUCGGUGGCGAAUGGCUCAUUUUGCUCCUAUGACGUGGUACUGUCCUUCACUUGCCUCUUUAAAAUUCGUUCGCGUGAUUCGCUACGAUAUGUUGCAAAGGGAAGAAAUGGCGAAGAAAUACGACCACGUGUUGCAAAUUGCUGGUGUUCCGAAGCACCAAAGAUCGUACAUUCGCGCGGAGUUAACGACCACCCUAAUGUUUUAUAAGAAUGCAAGCGUACUCAUGAAUCUAUUUUUUCUGUGUAACCUAUGGAUUCUCUCAUACUACAGAGGAUCAGAGGAUGGCUACUACUGUUGUUUCUUUCCGAAGAAGCAAUACUUUGCAGCAACGCAUCAAGUAACUUUAGAACCGCAUCUACAAGGUCAUCUUAUGAAAAGUGUGCUGUUGCCACCAUUUGUACCAUUUAUACAGAGCUGUGUGAUUGCACGAAAAUACAAUAUAGCAACUUGCUUGAUCGAAAAAGUUAUCAGCACGUUUCAAUUUACGUUAUUCUGUUAUUUAAAUAAGCCGUGGUUAUUUGGAAGAGGUAAAAAAAGCCUCAACGAUGGAAGAUGGUAUGACAGACCUUGCACCAACGGAACUAAUUUUCUAAGAAUUUCACAAAAGGGAGCUCUUCGCUCACUUGGACGUGAUUCCGUAUUUUUUCUCGUCACUCGAAAUCCUCUUCAACGAUUUGUCAGUGGAUUUAUGCACUUAUGUAUAUAUGGGAAGAAUAGACAUUCCCGUUGUUGGGAAUGUGGCGGAGAUUUGGCAUGUUUUCUACCGAAGCUCCGGAACCUACUGUUCUCAUAUUCGAAGGAUCCAAAAAAGAUGUUUUUGGGUGAAGAUUUGUUUCGAGUAGCCCAUUUUGGUCCUAUGACAUGGCACUGCUGUUCACCUACUUCUUUAAAGUUUGUACGCAUGAUCCGUUACGAUAUGUUGCAUAGGGAAGAAAUGGCCAAGAAUUACGACCACGUGCUGCAAAUUGCUGGUGUUCCAAUGCUGCAAAGAUCAUACAUUGGCUCAGAGUUUGUGCGAAUCCUUCCUCCUCAUUCGACGUGGAACAAAGCAAAUCGAGUCGACAUCGAGAAUAAAUUGCUAUCAAACAAUAGUCUUUUUGAGAUCUUCUUACAACUAUUUUAUUAUGACUUUGCUAUUUUCGGCUAUGAUUUCCCAAAGCCCCGGUAUACGGAAUGA